GUUGAGGGUGAGAUUGGUUCGGGCGGCGUCCACCAUUUUCAGGAACAAUAAAGCUGUGACGUUGAUGGUGGAUAUGUCUCUGUGGCAGGAAUUGAAGGCCGUUUUAGUCGUGAAUGCCGGCCAACUUUGA